AUGGAAGAAACGAUCCACCUGAAUGAAACCACAGGGACCCAGGUGACUGAAUUUAUUCUCAUGGGCAUCACAAACCGUCCUGAGCUGCAGAGACCCCUCUUUGUUGUAUUUUUCCUCAACUACAUGGCCAUAGUUGUGGGGAACCUGGGCCUGAUUAUCCUAAUCAGCGUUGAUUCCCACCUCCAAACCCCCAUGUACUUUUUCCUCAGGCAUCUGGCAUUUGUUGAUCUUGGCUAUUCCACAGCUAUUGGGCCAAAAAUGCUAGUUGGAUUCAUAGAGGAGAAAAAUAUGAUUUCUUAUAAUGGAUGUGCAGUACAGCUAUUUUUCUUGGUGAUAUUUAUUGUCAGUGAACUUUUUAUCCUAUCAGCCAUGGCCUAUGAUCGCUAUGUUGCUAUCUGUAAGCCCCUCUUCUAUAUGGUCAUCGUGUCCAACAUUGUAUGUUGCCUCUUGGUGGCUAUGUCAUACCUCUAUAGCACCAUGGUAGCCCUACUGGUCACAAUAAAGGUUUUUAAAUUAUCUUUCUGCAAAUCAAAUAUGAUUAGACACUUCUACUGUGAUGGUCCUCCCCUGCUAUUCAUUGCAUGCUCAGAUACAAGUGAGAUUGAACUAAUCAUUAUGACCUUUGGUGCAUUUAAUUUCCUUUCUUCGCUCUUGAUUAUCCUUUUCUCCUACAUGUUCAUUCUUGUGACCAUCCUCAGGAUGAAAUCUUCUGAGGGCAGGCACAAAGCUUUCUCCACAUUUGGUUCUCACCUCACGGGGGUGGUUAUAUUCUAUGGGACACUUCUGUUUAUGUAUCUGCAGCCCCAAUCUAGCCACUCCUUUGAUACAGACAACAUGGCCUCUGUGUUUUACACUCUGGUCAUCCCCAUGCUCAACCCUUUGAUUUACAGUCUGAGGAACAAAGAGGUGAAAGGUGCCUUGAGGAGGCUCUUGAAGAAAAUCAUGUAA